CGGGGGGCUGCUAUAAUGCACUAAUGAUGGUGGUGGUGGGAGUGGUGAAAUCAGGAGCUUGUACAUGACACUCCUUCAUCCCGCCCCUUCUUCGCUCUGUGUUUUGUUUGGGGUACACCACUCCUGUUCCUUGCGGGACAGUAAAUCUGAAGACCUCACCCACUCACAGAAGAAUAAUCAGUCUCUUCAUCUCCUUUUGAGACUCACCAUCUGUAGUUGUUCCUGGAGGAAAUGGCUUCGAAGGGGAAAAUGGGCUAUAAGUGUCGUAUUGCCGCAGUUCUGUUGCUCCUACUUACCAGCAUCGCUGCUCUCAUUGCUGUCGCCAUUAUUCAGAGCAAGUGGAGGUUCAGCCAGUAUUCCUUGAAGCAGUACGGAAUAGUGAUCGACUCAGGUUCAUCCCGGUCCACCAUCUAUGUGUACGAGUGGCCCGGGGAGAAGCAGAAUGAAACAGGAGUGGUGGAGGAGAAACGUAACUGCAAAGUGCCAGGUGAUGGAAUUUCAGCAAUGGGAAUCGACCCCAAAAAAGACAAAGAAUCAUGGGAAGGCUUCAAAAAAUGCAUGACAAAUAUCUCCGCAGAAAUUCCUCCGGAAAAGCACAACAGCACUUUUCUCUUCUUGGGAGCCACAGCCGGGAUGAGACUGUUACAAAAGCAGGAUCCACAGCGAGCUGCUGAAGUCCUUGAAAGUCUGAGAGAAUACCUGCAGUCGUUGCCCUUUGACUUCAAAAAUGCAUCCAUCAUUACUGGUCAGGAGGAAGGACUCUACGGAUGGAUUACUGUCAACUAUCUCUUGGAUAAUUUCCUCGAGAAAAACAUAUUGAAUAAGUACGUUCAUCCACAAGCGUCAAAGACUAUGGGCUCAAUGGAUCUGGGUGGCGCAUCAACACAGAUCGCCUUUGCGGCUGAAGAUGAGCUAAUGGGGCCUGACUACAUGCACAUCAAACUGUACGGUUACAACUACAACGUCUACAGUCACAGUUUCCUCUGCUAUGGCAAAAAUGAGGCUGAGAAGAGGAUUUUGGACAAAAUCAUUCAGGGAUCAUCUAACCAUGUCAACAUUACCAACCCCUGCUACCCGGUAGACUACGAAAUGACCCAUAGUGCCUCAACCAUUUAUGACACAGAGUGCACAAAGAAACCAAAAAACUACAACCCGGAUGAACAAUACCACAUGGUGGGUGUGGGUGACUCGAACCAAUGUCGGAAAGUAGUGGAAUCCAUAUUUGAUUUCAGCCCCUGUUCUUCUGCCCACUGCUCCUUCAAUAAAGUCGAGCAGCCGCCAGUCACCGGAGAAUUCUCGGCAUAUGCAGGGUACUUCUUCAUUGCCAGAGCUCUGCUGAUGAACAAUGACACUGAAGAGGUCACACCAUCAGAGUAUGAUGAAUUCAACAACAAAAUCAACCAAUUGUGCAGCACACCUUGGAGUGUGCUAAAGACGGAGAAGCACUGGGUCAUCGAAAAACACCUUCGCACUUACUGCUUCGCCUCUCAUUACAUCUUCACUCUAACGGCCAAAGGUUACAAAUUUGACAAAGACACAUGGAGAAACAUUCACUUUGUUAAAAAGGUGAGGAACACCAGCGUAGGUUGGAGUCUGGGAUACAUGCUGAGUAGCUCCAAUAUGAUACCAUCAGAGGUGGAAGAAGUCCUCCCGUUGACUAACCCCGUCUUUGCCGGUCUUGUCUUUUUAUUUUCAGCUCUAAUCAUUGUUACUGUCAUCUUUAUUUUCAUUAUCCUUAUUCGCAUGUGCUACUGAGCAUAGCCAGUGAUGUCUUUUCUUAUGUGUGUGUCCCGCUUUAAGAGCCUUGUUUACAGCUUAUAUGUUUGCAUUGUCUCAAAAUAUUUUACAAGUGGGUUCAGGAAGAUUAAUUAAUAUUAUGAAAGCAUGACAAAAAAAUGUACUAAAAGUUAAGUGCAGUGGUUUUCAAAUACUUUUAAACGAGUACAACCCCUGAAAACACUUGGUUCUCCAAGUACCACCAUAAUGAGCAAAAUUAAAAUACAGUAGUGUAGUAGGCCAAAGUACUCCUUAAAAACAAGGCAGAGGCUUAACAAGUAUGGUAAACUUCGGACUGUAAGGCGCAACUUUUUUCCUGCACUUUUCCCCCUCCGUCUUAUAAAACGGAGCAGCUACUAUAUGGAUUUUUUUUCGCGGACAGCCAUAAGGAAAAAAGUAGAUUAAAAAAAUAUAAAUACACUGAAUGGGUGUGUUAUUUAUUGUACUAUGGCACCAUAUUAUGGACUAGCUUGCUCACUGCAGGUACUGAAGUGCUGCAUUGCCAUUCUGUUUACAUUAAUCCUUUCAACCGGAAGUAAAAUUGCAGUUCACUCUUCCACCCGUCAAUUGCGUUUCUCCUCGUAUGGAAUCGUCAUUUAUCAUUCAAAGCAUCGUUUGUAAGUUUUACAGUGUAACUUAAAACAAUUCUUACUUAAUUAACCAUUUUAUUUGUGAUUUCUAUAGUGUUUUCAUGCAUAUUUGUGUGUGCUAUUUUAAAGUAAUGCAGUUGUUAGCAUUUGCUAGCAUGCUAAAAUAUUUACAAAAGUCUGUUAGAACUAUUAACUUACAAUGGCAUUCUUUUUGUAUCGUUUCAGUUUCGUGAAUUCACCAAAACGUCACCGUGGACUUAUUGAGUCUGUUUAGUUGAUUGGAGAGCUAACUUCCGCAGCUAAUGGGUCCGUGACAAUGACUUUUAUUUUGGUUGAUCAGCCGUUUUACUGCCAUGUUAUGGACACCGUUUGGAAACCAUUAAGUUGUAUAAAAAAAACAUUUACAAAGUCCUUCUUUGUAAAAAAAAGAAAAAUAUCAUUACACUACAUAUAUGCGGCUUAUAGUCUAGUGUGGGUAUUAUAUGGAAAAUAUUUGUUCUUCUCAAAUUUAGUGGGUGCGGCUUAUAUACCAGUGUGCUCUAUAGUCUGGAAAAUACAGAAUAUGUAAUAUUUUUGACAACCUAGCAUUAAAUUUAGGAAAAUAAAACUACACCACUUAAAUAAUGAAUCAAAAAUUUGACGUAUCACUUGAUGUCCAUGUCUGUAAUGGCAGUCCACAAACCCUGGACGGCGAAUAGUUGCAUAUAACAUGGCAAUCUUGAAUUGGACUAGAUCCAGGUCUUUACAAUUACAAGGGGUCGGCAGAGGUACUGCGGGGGGUUGUGAAUGCUGGUUAAUUGUACUUUUUUAUUUUUUUUAUAAUUGCCUGCAAUACAUAUAAACAUUUCAAUGUAUUUAAUUACACAUUAACAGUGAUCCAUGUAGUGUAGUUUAGAAGUGGCAGUGACACGACCACCCUCUUCAAUGUAAUUUGCUGCUUGAAAAUAAAAACAUGGAUACUAAUUAUAUCAUUAUAUUCAUGUUAGCAAUUAUGAUAGCUAAGAAUUAGCACUUUAGUUGCGAGCAAGCUAUUAGAGGCACUGUACUGUAAUAAUUGAAUACAUGCGUGUUGCACAGUAUCAAUUUUAUACAUGGUGCCCGUUCCAUCUCACUGUAACUUUGGGGAUCCUUGGCCUGGAGAACAUUUAAUAUCCCUGCACUAGACACUAACUUUACAAAAAAAAAUACAGCACAACAAUCACACACAGGACAACACAAUGAGCAACUUGCGUUAAGUAAGCUGAAGUAUUAAAAAAUGGAGUCACGUAUUUAAAACGUGAUUCUAAAGUGAAUACACUAUGCUCACCCAGACUCUACUUCCGGUGGCUCUCAGUUAAAUUGAGUUUGAGACACCUGUGCUAGCAUGAAUAUAAUAUGUUAAAGGAAAAACUAACAAUGAAAGAAUCAUAUUCUGUUAGUCAUUUGUAAUUACUUCAUAUAUCUAGCCCAAAAAAUGAGGAAGACCGUAGAGUAUGAGUGCCACUAAUUGUAGGCCGGCUCUAAAUAGUGGUACUUUUAGGAAUGCCAGAAACAGAAAAAUAAAUGUAAUAACUGUGCAAAAACAAAUGUAUAAGCCAAAUAUGUGUUGAAAGUGAAUUCAAACGAAAUGUCUCUCUACGGAAAUUGUCUGCAAUACUCCACAAUUUUCAGUCACCGGCAAGUAUAAGCCACAUAAUCAAAGCUACUGUAAACCGCAGAUGUAGCAAAACGGUAUUUUUAGUAAAGCAAACUUUAUUUUUUUUUUGAAGUGACACUUUAUGUAAACCUUUAACAAACCAUUGCCCCAGGUACAAGAUGUUUCUGUAAAGACACAUAGUUUUUUAUAAUAACAACAAUAAUAAUGGAUUUUAUUCAUGUAGCGCUUUACAGACAGAACUGAGAACCCAUCAUUCAUUAAGAGAUGUCUAUUACCUGUUGACAGUAUCCCGUGUAGCUAUCUUGAGUGACGUGUCUAAAAAAAAAAAGAAACAACUUAAUUUGUUUGAACCUAUGUUUUAAGAAUAAAAAGACACAAACACAAAUCAUUCAAUCAAUGUUUAUUUAGAUAGCCCUAAAUCACAAGUGUCUCAAAGUGCUGCACAAACCACAACGACAUCCUCCAUACAGAGCCCACAUAAAGGCAAGGGAAAAACUCACACCCAGUGGGACGUCGGGGACAGUGACAAUGAUGACUAUGAGAAACCUUGGAGAGGACCGCAUAUGUGGGCAACCCCCGUCCCCCCCUAGGGGACCGAAAGCAAUGGAUGUCGAGCGGGUCUAACAUGAUAUUGUGAAAGUCCAAACCAUAGUGCUCCCGUCCAAAGGCAAAACCCAGUAACUCAAUUUUGGUCAAAACUGAGCUGAUAAUAAUUUUGGAGUUCCUAGGUGAUAUGCUUUACAUUAGUGUAUGCGAUAUUGUAAUUUGUUCCGUAAGUAAGCUGUUACGCGCAUGGCAGGACCUAGCAACUACCACAUAACCUAAAGGGCACACGUUCAUGAGAGCAGAUUCAAUCCAUUGAUCAAUCGGCAAGAAAAUGAAAGCUCAAGAAAACAUCUACACGUUUGAUAACUUUGUAGAUCUUUGUAAGAUAGCAUCAAGAUAUAUUGGUUUUCCUUUGUUUUCUCAAAAUCAGCUAGAAGUGAGUUACUAGGUUUUGCCUUUGGACAGGAGAGUGGAUCUAACAUAACGGUGAGAGUCCAGUCCAAAGUGGAUCCAAUAUAGUAGCGAACCAUCGCCCAGAACAAAAUUGUACAAACAUUAUCCUAAGUAAUUUAACAAUGUGGUGGAACACUUGGAUACAUUUUUACAUUAAAGAUGCUAAAAAAAACAUCCAAUGUAGGUCAAAGGUCUUUAAGCUAGCUAAACAAAACAAGAAAAACAUUGUGUAAUAUUUAAAAAUCAUGAAUGAUAAAACGUUUUUACAUGUUGAGGGAAAAUAAAAAACAUGCUCCAAAAAGAGCCCCUUUUUAUUCAAUAGACUUAUUUUAUGUUUUUCAUGGCAAAAAUGGCUAGAGUUCUUUACUCUUAUUGUUUUUGAAACACACGGUAUUGCGCUUCCCCUAAAAAAUGUUUUUACUUACGCUAACAAAGCUAAACACCUAAAUGUAGCACAUACCCAAUACAGUUUCUUAAAAAAAAGUUUUAUGAAUCAUAGCUUAUUUGACUAUUAUUUACAAAUUUAGGAAGCUUGUACAUAACUUCAUUGCAAUGCGUGUUCUGGUCGUUUGGUUUAAUUUUUGUACAUCAAGACUGAAACUUUAAUUUUACUGUAGUUUUGGCUAUGAUCAUUUACAACACUGGAUUUGGAGGCAUUAUUGUAGUGUCUUUUUUUUAAAAUUAAUUGUGCAAUGUGUUGUAAUUAACAGAAGAUGCUUUUUUUUUUAAUCUCAGGGACACAAUAACAAUUAUUUCAAAAUUUUACUUCCAAAAAGUCCUGACACCCUCCUGUUUUUCUCUCUAAUAAUAUAUACAGUAUGCACUUCAAUUGCACUAAAUGCAUAUGCAAAAAAAUAUCACUUUUUAUGUGUUAACUAAUUUGAAAACACUGAUUCUUAAAACUCAGUGUAGAUAGUGUGUAAGCUAAACAUACAUGUUAGAUGAAGCUCAUGUAUGCUAUUUGUGUAGACUUAGAACAGUUGUGUAGUCUCUGUAUCGGCCAUUAGACAUCCUUUUCCCCCUACCAAGAACUUGGCCUGCUGCAUAAUUACCUAUUGUAACUUCAAAAGCAAUGAAAUGACACUCAAGUAGGAUUUGCAAUUUUAUUUUAAGAAAAGGUGUUUUAAUUAUAACAUUUUGUUGAGCAGCCGGUGGUAAUUAUUUUUCUCAUAAUGGAAGUUUUUCAUGGUAAUGUUUUUUUUCUGUAUUGUCCAAAGAAAACGAUGAUUACAAAACAACUCAAUUCAAUAAGGUCAUGUCUGGUAGCAUGAACGAAAUCAAUUAUGUUAGCACUGGACACAAUUAUGCAUGAUUCUAAUGUGAUGCGUUGACUGUGUCAUCUAUGUUUUGAUAAUAACUCAUAAUAAAUGUACCUACCAACUGUGAA